UCAGCAGGAGAGUCUGCUGCGCUCCGAAAACAUUUUAUAAUUCAGAUUAAAACGACUCAGACUCUCACUGCGUCGACACCUUCUGGGGUGUUUUUCUUUUCCCAACGAUGAGUUGGAUUUAAAACGGACCUUUUCAAUGUGGAUUCGAGGAUGCAAGAAGCAGAUGAACAGUCUGAAGGGGCACAGUAUGCCAGCAACAAAAGGACCACUCCCCCCCCUGACGCCUCAGUUCUCUGGUCGGAAAGCCACACCCGUCUGCACCAGCUCCAUCCACCUGAGUCCCUGCAGGCCCCGCCCAGCACCGGCAAGCCCGUCGGCUCCUCUUGCGGCCUCCUCGGGGCCAAAAGUGGCGUUCAGCCCUCCGAUGGCACUGGUUCCGGUGUCAGCCCGGUCCUCGCUUGGCAUGCCGCCAUUAACGCUGCUCGCGAAGCGCAGGGCGGCGAUGAGGAAAAGCCUGACAUAAGUAUACAGCCCCCAGUUUGCACCACUGGAUCAGCUCCUGUGGGCUCACUGGCGCAGAGGAAGAGGCAGCAGUACGCCAAAAGCAAAAAGCAGGGAGGGUCUACCAACAGCAGGCCACCCAGAGCUCUGUUCUGCCUCACCCUCAACAACCCCAUCCGAAGGGCCUGCAUCAGCCUGGUGGAGUGGAAACCAUUUGAUAUCUUUAUACUGCUGUCUAUUUUUGCCAACUGUGUGGCCUUAGCCAUCUACAUCCCCUUCCCCGGAGACGACUCCAACUCUACCAACCAAGAACUGGAAACAGUAGAAUAUGCCUUCCUGAUCAUUUUCACUAUAGAGACAUUUCUGAAGAUUAUUGCCUACGGCCUGGUCAUGCACCAAAACUCCUACGUCAGAAACGGCUGGAACAUGCUGGACUUUGUCAUCGUCAUAGUGGGGUUGUUCAGUGUGGUUCUGGAGAUGAUAACCAAAGACGCUGACUCUGGCGGCCAGUCUGGAGGCAAACCUGGGGGGUUUGAUGUCAAGGCCCUCCGAGCCUUUCGCGUGCUACGACCCCUUCGCCUUGUCUCUGGAGUUCCUAGUUUACAGGUGGUUUUAAACUCCAUUAUUAAAGCCAUGGUUCCUCUGCUUCACAUCGCUCUGCUGGUCCUCUUUGUCAUUAUUAUCUACGCCAUCAUCGGCCUGGAGCUCUUCAUCGGCAAAAUGCAUGCCACAUGCUACAUGAGACAAACAGGUGCCCUCGCGGAAGAAGAGCCCACGCCGUGUGCGGUAUCGGGGCACGGCCGUCACUGCCUGCUCAAUGGUACAUUUUGCAGAGAGGGCUGGCAAGGCCCCAACAACGGCAUCACCAACUUCGACAACUUUUUGUUUGCCAUGCUCACUGUGUUCCAGUGCAUUACCAUGGAGGGCUGGACCGACGUUCUCUAUUGGAUGAAUGAUGCAAUGGGUUUUGAGCUGCCGUGGGUCUACUUCGUCAGUCUGGUCAUCUUUGGAUCCUUCUUUGUUCUCAAUUUGGUUUUGGGUGUGUUGAGCGGAGAGUUUUCCAAAGAGCGAGAGAAGGCCAAGGCUCGGGGAGAUUUCCAGAAGCUGCGUGAGAAGCAGCAGUUAGAGGAAGACCUGAAAGGCUACCUGGACUGGAUCACCCAGGCCGAGGACAUCGACCCCGAGAACGAGGAGGAGGGUGACGAGGAGGGCAAGCGUAACCCGAGCAUGCCCAGUGAGACGGAGUCGGCGAACACAGAGAAUCACAACGGAGAGGGAAACAAGUCACCUUGCUGUGGGCCGCUGUGUCAAAAAAUUACUAAGUCAAAGUGCAGUCGUCAGUGGCGACGGUGGAACCGUUUCUGCCGCAGAAAGUGUCGUGCGGCUGUGAAAUCGGUGUCGUUUUAUUGGCUGGUCAUCAUCUUGGUGUUCCUCAACACUCUCACCAUCGCCUCUGAGCACUACGACCAGCCAAACUGGCUGACGCAAGUACAGGACGUAGCCAACAAAGUUCCUGCGAUGUUCACCAUGGAGAUGCUGGUGAAGAUGUACAGCUUGGGGCUGCAGGCGUACUUUGUGUCCCUGUUAACCGCUUCGAACUGUUUCGUGGUGUGCGGAGGCAUCGUAGAGACCAUCCUGGUGGAGCUGGCCAUCAUGUCUCCAGCUGGGCAUCUCUGUUUCCGUUGCGUACGACUCCUUAGGAUCUUCAAGGUUACACGUCAUUGGGCAUCUCUCAGUAACCUGGUGGCCUCUCUGCUCAACUCCAUGAAGUCCAUCGCCUCCCUGUUGCUGCUGCUCUUCCUCUUCAUCAUUAUCUUCCCCCUGCUCGGCAUGCAGCUUUUCGGGGGCAAGUUCAACUUUGACGAGACUGUGACCAAAAGGAGCACGUUUGACUUCCCCCAGGCCCUGCUCACUGUGUUCCAGAUCUUGACAGGAGAGGACUGGAACACAGUGAUGUAUGACGGUAUCAUGGCGUACGGCGGUCCGGCCUCCUCUGGAAUGGUGGUCUGCAUUUACUUCAUCAUCCUCUUCAUCUGUGGAAACUACAUCCUGCUAAACGUCUUCUUGGCCAUCGCCGUUGACAACCUGGCAGACGCAGAGAGCCUCAACACGGCACAGAAGGAGGAAGAGGAGGCCAAAAAGAGGAAGAAUAGUGUCAAGGACGCAAGCCCAGAAAAGAAGAGAGUUGAAAUAAUAGACGUCAAGGAUGGAGUGACCAAGGUGCCAGCAGAGGUUUUGUGAGAAGACAAGGAGUCGUAUCCUGCCAUGGACUCUCCAGCAUGUGAUGAUGAAGACGACGAUAAUGGCGUUCUCCCAGACGUCCCGCCAGGGCCCCGCCCACAGAGGCUGUCUGAACUCAGCAUCAAAGAAAAGAUUCCCCCCAUCCCGUCGGGCAGCGCCUUCUUCAUCUUCAGCAGCACCAACCCGUUUCGUGUUUUCUGCCAUAAGCUGAUCAACCAUCAGAUCUUCACCAACCUCAUCCUGGUCUUCAUCAUGCUCAGCUCCGUCUCUCUGGCUGCUGAAGACCCAAUACGCAACAACUCUGCUCGCAAUAUCAUACUUGGUUAUUUUGAUUAUGCUUUCACCGCAAUCUUUACUGUUGAGAUCCUGUUGAAGAUGACAGCGUUCGGAGCGUUCCUUCAUAAAGGGGCGUUCUGUAGAAACUACUUCAACCUUUUAGACCUGCUGGUCGUCGGUGUGUCUCUGGUCUCCUUCGGCAUUCAGUCCUCUGCUAUCUCAGUGGUGAAGAUCCUCCGUGUCUUGAGAGUCCUCCGUCCGCUCAGGGCCAUCAACAGAGCCAAGGGUCUAAAGCACGUGGUCCAGUGUGUGUUUGUGGCCAUCCGGACCAUCGGCAACAUCAUGAUUGUCACCACGCUGCUGCAGUUCAUGUUCGCUUGUAUCGGAGUGCAGCUCUUCAAGGGGAAAUUUUAUCGCUGCACAGAUGACGCCAAGUCGAGCCCAGAGGACUGCAAAGGUACCUACAUUCUCUACAACAACGGGGACACGGCGCUGCCCAUGGUGAAGGAGAGGAUCUGGUACAACAGCGACUUCAACUUUGACAACGUCCUCAUGGCCAUGAUGGCUCUGUUUACUGUCUCCACAUUCGAAGGAUGGCCCACUCUUCUCUACAAGGCCAUCGACUCUAACCGAGAGAACAUGGGUCCCAUCUACAACUACCGCAUCGAGAUCUCCAUCUUCUUCAUCAUCUACAUCAUCAUCAUCGCCUUCUUCAUGAUGAACAUCUUUGUCGGUUUCGUUAUUGUCACCUUUCAGGAGCAGGGGGAGAAGGAGUACAAGAACUGCGAGCUGGACAAGAACCAGCGUCAGUGUGUGGAAUACGCUCUUAAAGCUCGUCCUCUGCGGCGCUACAUCCCCAAAAACCCUUACCAGUACAAGUUCUGGUAUGUGGUCAACUCCACUGGCUUUGAGUACGUCAUGUUUGUCCUAAUCAUCCUCAACACGCUGUGUCUGGCCAUUCAGCACCAUGGUCAGUCUCAGCUGUUCAACUAUGCCAUGGACAUCCUCAACAUGGUCUUCACUGGGGUUUUCACUGUGGAGAUGAUCCUCAAGCUCAUCGCCUUCAAACCCAGAGGCUAUGUCGGGGACGCCUGGAACGUCUUCGAUGCUCUGGUCGUGAUCGGCAGUGUAGUCGACAUCAUACUCAGCCAGUCGGCAGCCAUUCCUGUCGUCAAGGUGAUAGUGGAGCCGGGGAACACGGAGGACAGCGCUCGCAUCUCCAUCACCUUUUUCCGUCUGUUCAGAGUGAUGCGAUUGGUCAAACUUCUGAGCAGGGGGGAGGGCAUCAGGACGCUGCUGUGGACCUUCAUCAAGUCCUUCCAGGCUCUUCCCUAUGUUGCACUCUUGAUAGCCAUGCUGUUCUUCAUCUAUGCUGUAAUUGGGAUGCAGGUGUUUGGGAAAAUAGCCAUGGUGGAUGGCACACAAAUCAACCGUAACAACAACUUUCAAACCUUUCCUCAAGCUGUCCUGAUGCUCUUCAGGUGUGCCACCGGUGAGGCCUGGCAGGAGAUCAUGCUGGCCUGUCUUCCAGGGAAGCUGUGUGAUUCAGACUCGGACGACAACCCCGGAGAGGAAAGAACCUGUGGCAGCAGCUUCGCCAUCAUCUACUUCAUCAGCUUCUACAUGCUCUGUGCUUUCCUGAUCAUUAACCUGUUUGUUGCUGUCAUCAUGGAUAACUUUGACUAUCUGACCCGUGAUUGGUCCAUUCUUGGGCCGCAUCACCUGGAUGAGUUUAAAAGGAUCUGGUCCGAGUACGACCCUGAAGCCAAGGGCAGGAUAAAGCACCUCGAUGUGGUGACUCUGCUGAGGAGGAUCCAGCCUCCGCUGGGCUUCGGCAAGCUCUGCCCUCACAGAGUGGCCUGUAAGCGUCUGGUGGCGAUGAACAUGCCCCUCAACAGUGACGGGACGGUCAUGUUUAAUGCCACCUUGUUCGCUCUGGUCCGCACUGCUCUCAAGAUUAAGACUGAAGGUAACCUGGAGCAAGCCAAUGAGGAGCUGAGAGCUGUGAUUAAGAAGAUCUGGAAGAGGACCAGCAUGAAGCUGCUGGAUCAAGUGGUGCCCCCCGCAGGCGAUGACGAGGUAACAGUGGGGAAGUUCUAUGCCACCUUCCUGAUACAGGACUACUUCAGGAAGUUCAAGAGGCGCAAAGAGCAAGGUCUUGUAGGAAAGCGCUCGUGGGAGAGGCUGAACACCACCAUGGCUCUACAGGCUGGCCUGCGCACGCUGCAUGACAUUGGACCAGAGAUCCGUCGAGCCAUAUCAUGUGACCUGCAAGAGGCGGGGCUAGUAGAUGCUAAUGGGGAGGAAGAAGAGGAAAUCUAUAGGCGUAACGGCGGGCUUUUUGGGAAUCACGUCAACCACGUCAACGCCGAUCAACAGGGCUGCUCUCACCCGACCACCGUCACCCAGCGGCCGCUACAGAUCCUGCCCUUCUCCUGUAGUGCCCCGACUGAAACCACCCAGACAGGCACGAGAGCCAGCAAUGCCGACAGAGGAGUGGACACAGAGAUGAACUCUUCACCUAUCCAGUACAACCAUCAUUAUCACACCCCUCAUCCGUAUAACUCCCCUCAGUGUAUUUCCACUUGCCAUCAAUCGCCAAUUCCCUCCAACGCCAACCUCAACAAUGCCAACGUGCCCUCGCUUCUCUCCAUGACCAAUGGGAGGCAGCAGCAGAAGUGUUUGUUAAGGCGAGACCGUCCGUCCUCAGUGUCCACUUGCAGCAAAGGAGUACAGGACAAGCUUUGGAAGUCACACUCCACAAGGAGCAGGACACGCUACUAUGAGGCCUACAUUAGGUCAGAAAGCGGCGGCGGCCUCUACCCCACCAUUCGCCGAGAGGAGCCGGGGGGCGGGGACAGCGAUGACGAGCGAGGCUCGGGGGAGUACUUCAGCGGGGAGGAGUUUCACGAAGACGACAUCAUGCUCACAAAGGACAGGUUGUCCAACAAGGACCACCAGAAUGCAGAGGGAGACAUUGACCUCGAGGCUUCCGGGGGCGACCACCCGCCUGAUGGUUUCUAUGACGAUGACCAACAGCCGAUCUGCCAAGAUGACAGACGGUCGCCCAGGAGGUGGCUUUUACCCUCACCUCAAGCCUCCAACAGACCAACGUUCAGUUUUGAGUGUCUUCGCAGUAGAAGUGGUCAGGAAGACCCUCCUCUCUCUCCGUCCUGCACAGCUCUUCCUCUACACCUGGUGCAGCAACAGGUGAUGGCGGUGGCCGGUCUCGACACCAACAGAAUUCACCGCCUGUCUCCUACGCGGUCGCUUCGCUCCUGGGUCACGCCUCCUGCCUCACCCAUCAGCCGCGACUGCUCGCCCUCCUACACACCACUCAUACAGGUGGACUGGCGCAGCACCGGCAGCGUCGGCAGCCUCCCCGGAGCAGUGAAGAGGAGUCUGUGGUACACAGACGGCCAGGACGGUCCUCCCAGCCGCAGCCACUCUCCGUCACGUCUGCAGCUUCCUGCAGAGUGCUGCUCACACUUCCUGCAGAAGAGAGGCAGCGCCAACAGCGUGGUGGAGGCUGUGUUGAUCUCUGAGGGUCUGGGGAAAUUCGCCAGGGACCCCAAGUUUGUGACGGCGACCACAAACGAAAUCGCAGACGCCUGCGAGCUGACCAUCGACGAGAUGGAGAGCGCCGCCAGUAACCUGCUGAAUGGAGGGAGCGUGGGCAACGGCAACACCGGGGGGACGGGGAGCGUCAGCCCGGACCCACACGCCACCGCGCAUCUCCGAGACCGCAGUAUCCGCGAAUACUGCGACGAGGAGCCGUACGUGGCUCUGAGAUGCGAGGAGGACCUGACGGACGAGAUGAUAUGCAUCACGUCGCUAUAGCAGCGGCUCACACGGGACUAUUUAGGUUUUUUCAAUUGAAUUUCUACAACUGUUCCACAGAGAGGGGAUGUCUCAGUUUCAGGAGCGUCCUGCAAUAGACAGAAACUGUAAAAACACGGAUGGAUUAAGAGAACAAAGUGCCUUGUUUUCUCUUUCUGUGGAGCGGAGGAUGAGAGAAACAAAUAUGGAAGAGCUGAGAUAAAUUAAGCAAAUAUUGGAAAACCAGAAGGAACCAGUCUACUCGCCAGCCUGCCCUUCAUUUAGAAGGAAUUCAGAAUACUCCCCAGAGGGUGUUUUCUAUUUCCUUUACUGUUAACAGUGGUUUGAUAACCUGCCAGCUUCGCAAAGCCAGCACACAGCUCGUGUACUUGCAUCCAUAUUGAGUGAACUAGUGCGGGCCUGUCAUUGUUCUGUGGUACUGUCCUACAAUUGUGAGACUUUUUCAACAAGGCCAUGAGUCACACACUGGUCACUUAAUAUGAGGUGCCAGUAAAACAGAAAAUGUGUCACCGUUGCAAAACAUAUUGACGUCUGAGAUGAGAGCUGGCUUUGCAAAGCUGCGUUUGUCCUGCUGCAAAAAUGUCUUCGGCCAUCCGAUGAUUCCACCAUGUAUUCAGUUGGAGUUUCACAUCAUGUGUAUAUAUACAAUGUGAGUGAUUUUAAACCUUUUAGUGAUCAUGAUAACAGAUUAUUAUUUACAUUACAUUUUGGCCUUCGUGACUCAAAUAAGAUAUGUGAUGAAAAAACACAUUUUUUGUGAAUUUAUUUCAGCUCAUCUCAGCGCAGAGUGACGAUCAGGCUGAUCCGGGUUCAGGGUUAAACGUCGUUCGUCUCGGUACUUGACUUGAAAAAGGAAAAUCACAUAUCACUGAAAAAAAAGACUUUGUCCUCAGGCAUAUCCUUCUGUCUCACGUGCACGCCUGAUCAUCCUUUACACCCUUUUACACCAACAAUAUACACUACAUUUACACCCGUUUUACUACUUUAAACACCCUGAAAAUGAGGGGAAGAUUUAGGAUGAUAGUGUUUCCAUGGUGAUCCUUAACUUUAAUCAAAGCCCCUUGAAGACUGCGAGGAGAGACCAUCUCAUUGUUACAAACUCACUCAGAUUAUGCAAAGAUAAUCAGACAUGCCUGAGACUAUUAUAAGUUAUGGAAAUAAGACAAUUCGCCUGCGUGUUUACACUGAAAACAUGACUCAUGACCUACAGUGUACUUCUGUAUUACACAUAUAAUGUCGGUUAUGUAUCGUAUAAAAUGUAAGUCUGUUAUGUUAAACCGCUGCAUGACACGUCAAUUAUUUAAAUUACUCAUCAAGACAAGAUGACUCAGAGGUGAUCCAUUGCUGAAGCACAAAGUAAUCACAACAUUAUAAUCUGUUCUGGCAUAAUUCCUUUUAAAAGCGUUGCUUCCAGGCCAUUUUACUUCUUGUGAAAUCCACUGCUUGUUUCACGAUGAGUCAGAUUUGACUUUCUUAACAAUCUAUAAAUUCAGUAUAUUUGGAGUGAAAUGUUGCCUUUUAUUUGUAGGAUUUCUUUCUGUUCCAACAGCAGAGUGAGUGCACAAGAUGUCCAAACCAGCUUUGAAGAUAAAAACACUUAAUAGAGACGCCACAUUUCUCCCUUCUGCUGUUCUUCAGGUUUGCUCCGCCACUAACCGGUGUUUCUCUGUAAUAAUGUCAUCAGGUCAACUUGGUCAUGGCAAUCUUGUUUUUUCCUCAAACUAAAUACUGUUGUCAGGGCAACAUGCUUGAUCUGUGCAAUCAAAGGGCUCCUUCACAUAUAAAACCAAAACGAGGGAUCAGUCAGUGCAUUUACACGCACAUUAAUAGUCACAUUUUUAUUCCAGAUAUGUAAUUUUUUUUCCAUUUUUAACUUGUUAUUGAAAAGAGUACACUGUUUGUAGUGUACAAUAAUGACAAAAGGUUGAUGGUUAAUGCUCCUCUGGAAUGCUCUAUGUACUGUAAAUGCACUCAUUCCCUCUUCAUAUAUAGAUAUAUAAAAGAUUUUAGUGGCCAAUACAGCUGAUAUUAUGCAUUUUCUGACUGCAUGUAAAUUGUGUUUAACUAAGGAUUGUUGACAAAUAUGAAUUUAUUAUUACCUCUGUAAUGUGUGUUGGGGAACAUGCCAGGGAAACUGUGGUAAAGGCUGUAUAUGCACAAAAUGAUAAAAACAAAAUUGUUUAAGUUUGUGAGGGGAACUUUCCACUCAGCACGCUGGUUGGGUUAAUUAUCUCUGAGGAGAGGCAGCUGAAAAGAACAUCGGAAGAGAAUCACACAUUUACCUCUUUAACAUCUCUUCAUUUUGUGUAAAUACAGCCAGAGGUUCUAUUUUACUGUUUUGGAUUCCUCUAACAAUUUUUUAAAAAACAUUUUGGAGUAAUUAAGAGCACAUCAAAAGCCAUAUUACACACAUGCUGUUGACAGAAAUGUUACGAUUUGCAGCCUAUCCCUCUGAAACACAUUUCUGAACAGCCAAUAAAAGAAGGUAGGGCUGCGGCGUCUUGUGAUGGGAGAAACAUGCUAAUUACUAGAUCAAACACAAAAAUGAAACUUGAAACAUGAAUUAGUUAUUCAGGGGUUUUUCACACCUCUAACCACACAAAUAAAAUCAGAAAUGAUUGGCCAACACUGCAUAACUCUGGUUAUACUGAGCCGAUGCCCUGCAGCUCCCAACAUGUCAGAGAUUCAACACAACAACACCAGAAUAAUUAAUCAUCCGCUGCUUAUUCACAGUGCGAGUAUCCAAAUGCAUCAACAUUUAGACUUUUAUUAAAAGAAGCUUAGUGACAAAAACCAACGGACAGCUUUAACAGUGCAACUGACACCUUUAUUUUUUGUACUGUUCCACUGCUUUACAGAUGUCUAUGAGAUGAUAAUGUAUACAAUCUGUACAGUGUUUGUAAAAAGUUAAGUGAAUAUUUCUGCUUUCUACCCAUUUGUUGUAUGGAAAUUAAAAUAUAUAUAUAUAGCUCUAUCUACUUUGUAGCACAAGUACUAUUACCUUAUAGAUUUUGUACCGAUGGAAAACAAAAAACCCGUUUUGUACAUUUCUUGACAAUGAAGCUGCUGAGGAUUUUUUGUAAGGAUCACUGAAUAAAGUCACGAGGUCAAGGUCAGGACGGUCUCUAGUGUUUGUUUACAAUCAAUACAAGGACAAUUAAAAACAUGCACAAUAUAAAGGCUCUACGAAUUUUCACAAUCAAUUUCCCUUCAUGAUCCCCGUGUUAUAUUACUCUUUCAUUAAGACACAAAUGAUUCAAACAUUCAAGUACUAUUGUACAACACUGCAUAUAUAAUGUAAACAAUUAUUGCCUAGAGUAGUGCAAAGCUUAGCAAUUAUAAUUCAUUCUAGCACUUGACUGCAUUAGA